UCCCUCCAUGCCUUUAUCUAUCUGCAGACACCUCGAACGGCGCUCGUUAAUUAAGACGAAUGCGCCACCAGCUCCCGAUAAUGGCAACCACGUCUGGACUUUCUUCACAAGGAGAUAAGGGGGACACGUGGCACUGACAGAACCCGCAUUGCAUCACGAACACCCGGUAGCCUACCCCGCUGCCGAUACAGCUCGAGCUUAUUUAUAUAAUACAUUAUUUAUAUAAUACAUCAUUUGGCAAAAAAUGACGUUCACAGUCACACACUCACAUUUGACGGGGUAGCUCUGCUGUCGCUCCGGGGCCAGCUGCUGUCUGAAUGCAUGCGCAUCGACGCGGAUGAACGCAGCAGUGUUCAGAAGUUUGAGGUGCUGUGUGCGCACAACCAAUCAAGGUACCAGCAACAGGCCACCAGUUUUCACGUUUACCCGAGGUGCAGAAGAGUGAAUGAGACAGGAGAUUGGAGUGGAGCGCCUCUGCUUGUGGAUGGACCACUGAUCAAGAGGGAAAGUAAGCUUGGAAGUUGGAGUUUAUGCACGAAACGCGCAGAGAUAUUCCUCAUUUUUAUUCACUCUGUUACACGAAGGAUGGAGGGGCGCAGCUGACGGUUAGGGAUCGUAGCCUCGAAGAGGAUAAACACACCGAAGGAACCGAACUGCCGGACGAGGGAAAUAUGUAUGGGCGUUACACACAGGAGCUCGGUGUGUACGCCAAGGAGGAGGCGGCCCGCCUGCGUGAUGGCGGGGGGCUGCGGAGGGUCACCAGUGUUCGCAGUCGGUCGGCAGAGCUGCUGGAGUAUGAGAAAGACCCUUGCGCUAAGUGUCAUGUGUGUACGUCUCGCUGUCAGAAGUUCCUGAUCUCGCGUGUGGGCGAGGACUGGAUCUUUCUCAUCCUACUGGGUCUGGUCAUGGCCCUGGUCAGCUGGGUGAUGGACUAUGCUAUCGCCUUUUGUCAGCAAGCUCAGAAGUGGAUGUACGGGGGACUGGACAGUAACAUGCUCCUGCAGUACCUGGCAUGGGUCACCUACCCAGUGGUGCUCAUCACUUUCUCAGCAGGGUUCACACAGAUACUGUCCCCGCAGGCUGUGGGUUCGGGUAUCCCAGAGAUGAAGACCAUUCUGAGAGGCGUAGUGCUGAAGGAAUAUCUCACCUUUAAAACCUUUGUGGCCAAAGUUAUUGGGCUGACCUGUGCUCUGGGCAGUGGCAUGCCCCUGGGAAAGGAGGGCCCGUUCGUUCAUGUGGCCAGUCUCUGUGCAGCCCUCCUGAGCAAGUUCUUGGCUGCCUUGUUUGGUGGACUCUACAAGGAAGAGCCCUUUGAGGGAAACAAGAAUGAGCUGAGGAACACUGAGAUGCUAUCAGCAGCGUGUGCAGUGGGGGUAGGCUGCUGCUUCGCUGCCCCCAUUGGAGGUGUGCUCUUCAGCAUUGAGGUAACGUCUACGUUCUUUGCGGUGAGGAACUACUGGAGGGGCUUCUUCGCUGCCACCUUCAGCGCCUUCAUCUUCAGAGUAUUGGCUGUGUGGAACCAGGACGAAGAGACCAUCACAGCCCUCUUUAAGACACGUUUCCGCCUGGACUUCCCCUUUGACCUCCAGGAGCUGCCAGCCUUCGCCAUCCUGGGGAUUGCGUGUGGUUUUGGUGGGGCUCUCUUUGUCUACCUGAACAGACUGAUAGUAGAAUGUAUGAGGAAACAGAAGACAAUCAACAAGUUCCUGCUCAGGAACUCCUCUCUCCAUGUCAGACGUCUGGUGUAUCCUGCUAUGGUCACCUUGAUCAUCUCAACCCUCACCUUCCCCCCUGGGUUUGGACAGUUCAUGGCUGGACAGCUGACGCAGCAUGAGUCUCUGGUGGCGUUGUUGGACAACAGAACAUGGUGUCGGCAGGGCGUUGCCGAGGAGUUUGACUACAUCAGCCACUCCCACGCCUGGAAACACCCCCAGGUUAACGUCUUCAUCACUCUCAUCCUCUUCAUCGUCAUGAAGUUCUGGAUGUCUGCAGUAGCUACCACCAUGCCUGUCCCAUGUGGGGCCUUCAUGCCAGUUUUCCUCAUUGGUGCGGCAUUUGGACGUUUGGUAGGCGAGACCAUGGCUAUCAUGUUCCCUGAUGGCAUCCAUGCUGAUGGUAGUGUCUAUCCUAUAGUGCCUGGCGGCUAUGCUGUAGUGGGUGCAGCGGCGUUGUCGGGGGCAGUGACUCACACGGUGUCGACAGCAGUCAUCGUGUUUGAGCUGACGGGUCAGAUCAGCCACAUCCUGCCGGUGAUGAUAGCGGUGAUCCUGGCCAACGCCGUAGCCCAGUCCCUCCAGCCCUCGCUAUACGACUCUAUCAUCAGGAUCAAGAAACUACCCUAUCUCCCUGAACUGGGCAUGGGGCACCACGAGAAGUAUAACAUCCGUGUGGAGGACAUCAUGGUUAGAGACGUGCGUUACAUCACUCUCUCCUCCUCCUACCGAGAGGUACAGGAGGUCCUGAUGACUGGACAGCUGAAAACACUGGCCCUGGUUGAGUCCACAGACUCUAUGAUCCUGUUGGGUUCUAUAGAGCGCUCCCAGCUCCAGUCACUCCUGUCCCUCCAGCUGGGUCCAACGCGCAGGCUCGACCACCUCCGGAGGCACGCCCAGGACAACGGCACACACACACACACACUGGGCGCGCACACACACCUGACCAGCCUGGACACCAUGGACAGUCCCCCCAGCCCACCCUGCACACACACACACUCCUACACCUCCAACUCCUCCAAUACCAGCGCACGCCAUGGGGUUCGCUUCCUGGUGAGUGUAGCGGAGAUCUCAACAGAGGAGUCCUCUUUCAGUGCAGCUGUGUCCAACUCUCAGCUGCCACUCAAAUCUGCAAUGAAAACUGUCCCUACUAUUCACAACACAGAGACACCGAACAGUAUACAUACUCUCUCAAUUAAUAGAGACACGCCGACUCCCUCUCCUCUGUCAGGCUCUCAGCAGACCCUUUCCUGUGGUGACCCUGAGAGAGAGCUACUCGAGAGCCCGGCAGAGCCAGAGGCUCCUGAGAGCAGGGGGCCCAAACGAGUCAGGAUCUCCAUGGCGGCGGAGUCCCCUGAAGUAGAGGAUGACAUGACCACAAACGAAAUAGCAGAGUGGGAGGAGCAACAGCUGGACGAGCCAGUGGAUUUCAACAACUGCAAGAUAGACCCCGCCCCUUUUCAGCUUGUGGAGCGGACAUCUCUGCAUAAGACUCACACCAUCUUCUCCCUGCUGGGACUGGACCAUGCCUAUGUGACCAGUACAGGGCGGCUGGUGGGCGUGGUCUCCCUCAGGGAGCUGCGUAAGGCCAUAGAGGGUUCAGUGACGGUGACAGGGGUGAAAGUUCGCCCCCCUUUGGCCAGUUUCCGUGACAGCGGCAACACUACCAGUGUUUCCGAGGUGACAGAGCUGCACAAGCUUUGGAACCGCCACAGAGGCCUCUCGUUACCACGGGAACCCACCCCGCCCGACAUGGAGGACCAAUUGGACGUUAUGGAUGAGGAGACCCCUGUCCACUUCAUACAGGACCAAUCAGAUAUGGAGUUUGAAACCAUCCCCACUGACAAUAUGGACCCGCCAUCGGAAUUGGUUCUUCAGGAAAGCCUCUCAAUAACAGAGGACCAAACAGAGGAGUUUAUCUUAGAGUGCAGCCCUUCCCACACUGAUGAAUCAGAGCUGGCCUGUGAUUUUGACCCCUCCCACCUCCCUGAGACUGACCAAUUGGAGCCGGCGAAGGAACAUGGAACCCCACCACAUGGAACCACACCCCAGAACAUAGAGCAAAUGGACCAAUCAGAACUGCAGUGUAAGCGAAGUCCCAACCGCACUGAGGACCAAUCGGAAUGACAGAAGGGGCGAGGGACAGUUAGGAGUUGCUUCGUGGUUCGUUGAGGUUUCUACAACCUUAGAGGUCACGUUCACCUGGAUCUGUCUGUGUCCACAAUGUAUUGUGUGCGCGUGUGUUGGUGUAAAUGAGCUCGUAUUCCUGUGUGAGUGAUAGAGUAACUGAGUGAAUGUGACAACAUGGUUCUGUGUUUAACAAAGUGUUUUGGGGUGUGUGUGUGUGUGUGUGUGUGUGUGUGUGUUUGUGCGUGCGCGUGUGUGUGUGUGAGACUUGGUGGAACCUUGCCCAUGCACCCAUCUGGUGCUGACACUUCUAUUCUCAGUUUGAUUAUCAGAGCCAAACUACAUUUCCCCCCCUAAAUAUAGCUACAAAUAACACACAUAGAGAGAGAAAGCAGAUCAGAGGGAUAAAGGAAAGGAGAGAGAGGAAAGAGAAGGGAGGGUCUCACUUUAGAUUAAGUGGCCUAUAAAAUCUACAUAUUUUCACAGCUACAUUCUAAAGGACAUUCUGUAAUUGCAGUAUAAGUGCAUGUACAGUCAUAUCUGAAAUGGGAUAUUAAGAGAAAGACAAUAAGUUACUACCCUAAGGCAGCUGAGAAAAGGCCAACACGUUGACAUUGCUCAGUCAUAAAAUGGCAUCCCACAGGGUUAAGAGCAUUUGUGAAGCACAUUGUAAUUAACAUGAAUUUAACUCAAAGUACAUAUAGCCUUGUCUGGCAUUAAGGUAGGAGGGCGGACGGACGUUAGAGAGUUUCUUGUCUUGUAACAGGGUGUUUUGGUCACAGUGUCAUUUUGUAUCUUACAUUUCUUGAGAUAGGAUGUUAUGUGAAUAUCGUAUCCUAUCUACUGUACCGUGUUCCGCAUGUUUCUGGAAUGAUGUGAGUGUUAAUGACACGUUACAUUGCACAGGAAAAGUUGGUUAUGUGGAGAGAGAGACAACAUCAGUUGUUGUGAGCACACAUAUGCACAUAGGCCAAUAGUACACGCACAAGGGCUCGAUUCAAUCCGUGGCGCUGAAGAUCCGCGUUGCCGUGCGAUUGACAUUUUGAAGGCAAUGUUCCCGCAUUAGCGGACACUACGUUCACGGUAAGUGCUGCACAUUUCAAUUGUGCUGUGGAUCUUCUGUAACACAAAUUGAAUCGAGCACUAAGUAAAUGAACACCGUACACAUUCAUAAAUCUACACAUAGAAAAUAAUCUCCUAGAAAAUACACACCACACACACAUUGAAAAUGAUUAAUACAGCCUGCCUGGCCUUGAAACCAGUUUAGAAAUAUGUACUACCAGCUUAGAAGCACAGUUAUAAGUCUCCAAGUGUACUGGUGAGCAAUAGAAGCCUCUAUAAAGGACUGAAACAACUGUUGUAGAGAGAGUGUGUGACUGUUCUCCACAGUCUCAUUAUAAAAUGAGUUCAUCAAACAGAUGUUAUGUAAUUUGUCUCUUCAAUCAUUUCUCUUAGCUCUGUUGACAGAUUUGAGCCAUUAUAUAUAUAUUUCAAUUCUAUGUAAAAACCCUGCCAUAACAACUACAAUUUAACGGUUCAUUUUCUUCUGUAAAAAAAAAGUCAGUUGCGCAAACCAUUUAUUGUCGUCUUACUUUUGUAUGCACAUAGAAUGUGAAGUAGUGCUCGCCAUACAAGAUAUAAUGUAAACUGAGUCUAAUGUAUAGAGUGUAUAAGGUAAUUAACAGCGCUAGUUAAGCAAUAAGACUGUAGUUUCUCCCUUUAUAUAGCCCCGGCCUGUAAAUGGUUUGUACAUAUGAAAAUACAUUAUGACGGAAAUCUACGCAUUGUACAUAGGAGAAUAUGCAUUUCAGAUCAACAGCCAUUGUUAUUUUUCAGAAAACAUACUAAUUGUUUUUUUGUACAUUAAAUUUCAACAAAACUUUGAGAUG